AUGCUUGGUCUUCGAAAUUGCCAACGGGGUCUUUACAGGCCGUUUUCCAUAACUAAAUCCAGUUCUGUACAACGAUGUCGUUCGUUUGGAAUUCAUAGAUCUUUGGCUACCAGCACCAGCAAGCCAUUGAAGAAAGGCCCUCCGAGAUUUGUCAAACUCAUAGCAACAGCCACCGGUGUGUCUGCCAUUGUAUACGGCAUUGACGAGUAUUACUACCUGUCGCUUUUACAGCGUUCUGCUCGUGCAGUAUAUGUGCUCUUGUGGGUCGCUUAUCAAUACGGAGCUAACGUUAAGAGCUACGACAAGAUUGAGGACCUCCACGAGGAAGCCUCGGAGAAACUUCUUCAAAUGCUUUCAGCUAAUAAGGGUCUUUAUAUUAAGUUGGGCCAGGCCAUUGCAAAUAACGGAACUGUGUUCCCUUUGGCUUACCAGAAACGUUUCAUCAAUUUAUAUGAUGCAGCUCCAGAAGAUCUGUGGAGCCUGAUAGAUAGGACACUUAGACGCCAGCUUGGCGAGAACUACGAAAAGGAUAUCUUUGAGCAUUUCGAUCAUAAACCAAUGGCCUCGGCAUCGAUUGCCCAGGUCCAUAAAGCUCGGUUGAAGAAGGAGCAACAAGAUGUGGCUGUCAAGGUCCAGCAUCCUUACAUUUCCAAGCAGAUCAACGUUGACUUGGCUAUCUAUAGGGGUAUGUCUUGGGUCUACUCUAAUUACGUCUCAGACCAGCUUGUGAAGGAGUCUGACUUUAGGCACGAAUCAGCAAACGCUGCCAAGCUUUCAGAACUCCUUUCCAACGAUAGACAAAUGGACAAGUUGAAUAUUUACGUCCCUAAAAACUACGAUGAUUACACCAGAAGACCAAUCCUUGUCACAGAAUGGAUUGACGGUGUAUCACUUGCUGACAAACAGAAGUUGAUAGAUGCCAAGCUUAAUAUCACGACAAUGAUGACACAGUAUGUGAAUGCCUUUGGCCGUCAAGUAUUCAACUACGGCUUCUGCCAUUCCGAUCCACACCCAGGUAACCUCCUAGCAAGAAUACACAACGGCAAGCAGGAGUUGGUGAUCUUGGACCAUGGAUUGUAUGUAACACUACCCGAGAAGUUCCGCAAAGAAUAUUGUGCUAUAUGGGAGAGCUUGUUUCUGUAUGAUACCCAGAGAAUGGAGGAGAUUGCCAAUUCGUGGGGUAUCGGUGACGCUCUGAUCUUGACAACUAUGGUUCAGUUACGACCACCUCCAAAGGACUUUAUCAAGAAGAACAGCAGCUCUUAUGACAUUAUCAAAAGCUUUCUAGGAGAUGAAACAAAGUUUCCUCUACAAAUGCUUUUUCUUCUGCGAUCCAUGAGGAUGAUGCAGAAUUUAAACCAGACCAUGGGAAGCCCGGUGAAUCGGAUCAAUAUGUUCACCAACUGUGCCCUUCAGACACUCACAGAGGAAAGAAAGUUUUCCUUGAUUCAUCCAGGACCAUGGGUUCUGUUGCUUCGGGUGAAGUUCUCUCUAUUCCUCAGUAAUCUUGUGUUUUUGUUCUUUAGGCUCAAACAACUUGUUACGGGUGACAAGUAUGGAGAUAGAGGUGAAGGAAUUGAAGAUUACAUUGAAAGCUAUAUGAAAGAAACUGCAAAGUACAUGGGCAUCGAGAUCGCUUAA